UAGCAACGUUAUAUAAAAUAUUUUAAAUGGGAAAGUUGGUUUGGAUAUUUUUAAUAAUAACAAUCGUCGUCAAUGUUAAGGGAUACACCAAGUACGGACGUGACUGUCGGGAUAUUUCAUGUGCUCCGGGACAGCGGUGCAUUAUGGCCAGAGAGCCCUGUACAAGCUCAAAUCAACUUGAUGGCGCCCAAUGUGGGCAGUAUCCUACAUGUGAAAAAAAGGAACCCUUCUCCACGACUUCGGCUGUCUCUUUGGAACGUCGGAAACGUCAAGCUAAUCAGCAAGGUUACGGAAUGGGUGGAAGUGGAAUGGGCAGGGGCAAUGGAAUGAAUAAUGGAGGAAACGGUGGCAAUGGAAUGGGUGGCCAGAACGGAAACGGAAUGGGUGGACAGAAUGGAAAUGGAAUGAGAGGUAAUGGAAUGGGGGGAAAUGGAAUGGGAGGAAAUGGAAUGGGCGGAAAUGGAAUGGGCGGAAAUGGAAUGGGCGGAAAUGGAAUGGGCGGAAAUGGAAUGGGAGGUAAUAGAAACGGAAUGGGUGGAAAUGGUAUGGGACCAGGUGGAAUGGGUGGAAAUGGAAUGGGCGGACGUGGAGGAAAUGGCAAUGGAAUGGGACAAGGCGGCAUGGGUGGUAAUGGAAUGGGUCCUGGUGGUAUGGGUGGAAACGGUAUGAAUGGAAUGGGUGGAAGAGGAGGAUAUGGAAACGGGAUGGGUGGCAAUGGAAUGGGACCGGGUGGAAUGGGUCCUGGAGGUAUGGGUGGAAAUGGAAUGGGAAGCCAGGGCGGUUAUAACGGAAGAGGUGGACAAAACGGAAUGGGAGGUCCAAAUGGAAUGGGUGGUCCGAAUGGAAUGGGUGGACCACCUGGUGGGCCAAAUGGAAUGGGUCCAGGAAAUUGGCAAGGCAAUAAUAAUUGGGGAAACGGAAAUAAUGGUAAUGGUAAUAAUCGCUAUAGGGGCGGAAAUUCGAAUCAAAGCUACAGUACAACUUCUGCGACAACAACAACGGAUGGCUGGUAA